AACUGACUAAUCGAUGCAACCUUAGGAGGUCUGCAUGACCUGCUGAAGAUGCUGAUUUCACAGACUCAAACAUAUGACUAAAUACUGGCUAUAAAAGCCCAGAAAUGUUUACUGACUGCUCUCACUGCAGAAAUGAGCACCAUCAUAUUAGCAGUGGUUCUCACACUUGUGGGAUGCCAUGCCAAUAUUGCACCAUCCUUUCAUCAAGGCAAAACCUAUGUGUACAACUAUGAAGGAGUGAUCUCAAGUGGAUCGCAAGAGCGACAACUUGCAAAAACUGGUAUCAGACUAACGUGCAAAGUGGAGAUCAGUGCAUUACCCCAAAAUAAUCUUCUUCUUAAGCUUCUGAGUCCAGAAAUAGAGGAAUACAAUGGCAUUUGGCCCAAUGCUCACUUUACUGCCGCAUCAAAACUUACCCAAACAUUAGCACCCCAGCUCAGCCAGCCUGUGACAUUUGAAUACAAUGAUGGCCGUGUUGGAAGGAUAUACACAGCUGAAAGUACAUCUGAUACUGUUGUUAACAUCCAGAGAGGAAUUCUUAAUAUUUUACAAAUCACUGUCAAGUCAACACAAAAUGUGUAUGAAUUGCAAGAGAUAGGUGUGGAAGGUAUUUGUCAUUCAAACUAUGUUAUUCAGGAAAACAAAAAAGCUAACCAGAUCACUAUUGCAAAGUCAAGAUCCUUGAAUAAUUGUCUGGAGAAAAAAGUUAAACAAACUGAGCCUGCACUGGGACAAACAUGCAUCUCGUGCAAGCAGAGAAACAUAAAUUUGCAAGGCAAUGUUGCCUACAACUAUGUGAUGAAGCAAAAAGAUGGCAGCACUCUAGUAACUCAAGUAAGAGGUCAAGCUGUCUACCAGUUUGCACCCUUUAAUGAACAAGGUGGUGCAGGAGUAACAGAAACAAGCCAGAAACUUGACCUAAUAAAUGUGAGAAAUGAGCAAGCUCAGGCACCUCGGCUUCAUCUUCAGCAUCGAGGAAAUCUAAUGUACCAUUUUGCACCCAAUGUCCUUCAAAACCCUAUUCAACUUAAACGAUCCAUGCAGCCUGAAACUGAGAUUACAGCAGCACUACAGCAUCUAGUACAGAAUAAUGUGCGUCAGCUUCAUUCGGAUGCGCCUUCCAGGUUUAUGCUGCUUUCCCAAAAACUACGUGAACUUAAUGAAGACAAUAUAGAAAACAUCUGGAAGAGCUACUCAAAGAGACCAGAGUACAGACAGUGGAUUUUAAAUGCACUUCCUGUUGCUGCUACACCUGCUGCUCUGAAAUACAUUAACCAGAAGUUUCAAAAUGGUGAAAUCACUCGUGCAGAAGCAACUGAAGCCUUAACUAUUGGACUGUUUAUGGCAAGACCUAGCAGAAAGGUUGCAGAAGUCACCUCAGAAAUCCUGAAAUCAUCACACGUUCAGAAGUCUCCUUAUCUUCAUAAAAUGGUCCUACUUGGUUAUGGUUCUGUGGUUUACAAGCAGUGCCUUGAUGAGAACCUUUGCUCUGAAUCUUUACUUCAGCCACUUCAUGAAUUCAUUGAUAAGGUUACAGUCAGCACCGAUGAAGAACAGACUCUUUUAGCUCUUAAGGCUCUUGGCAAUGCUGGUCAACCAGCAAGCAUCAAACGAAUACAAAAGUUUCUGCCUGGAUUUUCAUCAUCAGCUUCUCAUUAUAAAGUAAAAGUACAAACUGAAGCAGUCAUGGCACUGAGAAAUAUUGCAAAGAAGGACCCAAAGAAGGUACAAGACAUCACCAUUCAGAUUGCCUUGAAUCAAGCGUUUCAAGCAGAAGUACGAAUGGCUGCAACCCGAAUCCUUUUUGAAAGUCAGCCUUCAGUAGCUUUAAUAACAGCACUAGCGGAGUCUUUGAGAAAAGAAACCAGCUUGCAGGUGGCUAGUUUCAUUUAUUCCUACAUGAAAGCCAUGGCAAGAAGCACUCUUCCAGAUCACCGUGCACUUGCUUCUGCUUGUAAUGCAGCCAUCAAACUCCUGACUCCCAGGUUUGACAGACUAAGCUACCGUUACAGUAAAGCAUUCCACUUCAAUACUUAUAAACCUGAGUUACUGAUGGGUAUAUCUGAAGAUAUGCAUAUGAUCAAACAUACGGCUAGUAUUCUUCCAACAGUUCUGAUGAACAAAGGUCGAAUGUUCUUCAAGCAUCUUGGAAUAGACACUGAUUUAGAGUUUACUGUCCGAACAGAAGGCCUACAGGAAUUGUUCUUCCGGCAUUACUCUGCAUCUCCACAGUCACUGAUAUCUAACAAGAUAAAGCAAGUCAUGAAAACACUAUCCCGAUGGAGAGAGGUACCAGCUGAAAAACCUCUAGCGUCAGCCUUUCUUAGGAUAUAUGAUCAAGAGAUUGCAUUUGCAGAGUUCAACAAGGAGGCCAUACAUAAUGCAAUAAGGACUAUAAAACAAACAGUAACACCACAUCUCUCUGCCCAAGACAUUAUAAAAGAAGUUGAACGGGGCAUCAAUAAACAUUUGUCAAAACCAUUUUCAAUUGCUGAAGUUCGACAGAUUAUUCCAACCUCUGUGGGCCUGCCUGUGGAAGCAAUGAUGCAAGCAACUGCAGUAAUAGGUGCAACAAUAAGCACUCAAGCAGAAGUUCAUCCACACCCAUCUGAAAACUUCAGGCUAGCUGACCUGUUUUAUUCUAAUAUUCGAUUGAAUGUUGAUGCCACCCCAAGUGCAAACUUGCAUAUAUCAUCACUAAUUGGUGUAAGGACUCCAUAUAUUCAGAGUACCAGUGAAUUUCAUCUGAAGGCUCAGGCUGCCAUCCCAUUGAAAUUUUCUGCUAAAGUGAAUUUGCAAAAUCAAAAUGUCAAGAUAGAAGCUGAACCCGUCCAGCAUGAAAAAGAUUUGGUAACAAUAAGAACUGAAGUAUUUGUUGCAUCAGAAAACACUGAAGAUCAGCAUUCAGCCAAAAGAACUCCAAUAAUGCCAUCGUUAUCAGAAGGAAAUGUUAGAAAACAACAAUUCCACCCUGGACAGGAGACUUCGGUGGAAAAUCAAAAAAUGGAAAGACAACAUUCUGGCCUGAUGUCCUCUGAGUCAGUGUCAGAUUCUAGGGAACACCUGUUCCAAGGCAGUAAGGCAGCAUCUCAAUCUGCCUAUCAGAUGUGUGCUAAAGCAAAAACUCUUGGCGUUGAAGCCUGCUUCAGAGCUAAAGCACAGAAUGCAAAAUUCAUUAAGAAGUCACCUUUCUUCUUGCUUACUGGAAUAAAUGAAGCUCAGGUGUUUCUCAGACCAGUACAAUCUGAACCAUCUAUUGACAACAUACAAGUUGAAUUUCAAGCAGGAGAAAACACAGCUUCCAAGAUAAUCCGUCAGAUAACUGGGGAAGAAAUGAACUUUGGAGAAGAUGAGCGUGUGCACAAAAUCAGUUUGAGGAGUCAAAAGGGUAUCUUGAAAAGUAAUAAAAAGCACACUGGCAGUCCCCUAACAAAGAAAUCAAGCACUUCCAGUUCUCAGAGUUCUAGCUCAGAAAACAAAGACAAUAAUGAAGACAAACAGAAGCAGCAUAAUAUCAAGUCAAAGAAUUUGCAAAACGAAUGGGAACACACUUCCAAAAAGGGCCCUCAACAACACCAUGCCAGCAACAGCCGCAGCAGUAGCAGUAGCAGUAGCAGCAGCAGUAGCAGUAGCAGCAGCAGCAGCAGCAACGGUAACAGCAGUUCAAGCAGCUCCAGCAGCAUCAGCACCUCCUCAGAGUCUUCAGAGAAGCAUCACAAAGACCAACACCCCAGGAAAAGGCAAUCAGUGGAGUCAGAAAUAUAUAAGCAUCAUUUCAUGUCUACUCGUGUCCAACAGAAGGAAAUCAGCAGAAAAGAGCCAUGGUCUCCAUCUGAAACCCAUGUUAUCAACAAGAACUUUGUCAGCAGCUCUAGUAGCAGCAGUAGUAGAAGCAGCAGCAACAAAAGCAAUAGUAAAAACAGUAGGAGUAGCAGUAGCAGCAGCAGUAGCAGCAGCAGCAGCAGCAGCAGUUCCAGCAGCAGCCAUUCCAGCAGCAGCAGCAGUUCAAGGAGUAGCAAUUCUUCCAGCAGCAUGUCUGCGUUGCAGUUCCUUGGAGACAGGGCACCACCAGUGUUUGCUAUAAUCAUUCAAGCCAGAAGGAAUGAUGGCAAAUUACAAGGGUACCAGAUAGCUGCAUUUGCUGAUUUCAAAGAUCCUAUACCAAGACUACAAGUGCACGCAGUAGAACUCACAGAAUCAAGCAAAUGGAAGAUGUGUGCUGGAGCUGCAGUACCCAGCAGUUUCAAAGCUCUGGCAAUCAUGAAGUGGGGGCAAGACUGCAAAGAGUAUAACGUGGCAGUUAAGGCAAUGACUGGAGAGUUUUCAGCUCACCCGGCUAUGCAGCUUAAAGUGAAGUGGGACCACAUUCCUCGUAAACUGAAACACAUAUCUGAAAUCAUCAGUGACUAUUUACCUGGUAUGGCAUUAAUGGCUGGAGUAUCUCAAAAGCCUCAGCAUAAUCCUUCAAGGGAAAUUUCAACCAUUGUUGCUGCAACUUCUCCAAGAACUGUCAUUAUUGUUGUCAAAACACCCAAGCUGACUUUCUAUAAUCAGGGUAUUCAGUUGCCAGUUCUAUUACCUAUAAAUGACAGAACAAGUGGAAAUCAGCUACCAACAGCUGUGUUUCAGGCACUUACUGAGGUCCCAGAAUUACUAAAAACUGCUGAUUCAGCUGAAUGUGUGAUAGAAAAGAACACAUUAAAAACUUUUAAUGGCAAGAAAUUGGAAUACGAAAUGCCUGAUGGUUGCUAUCAUAUUAUGGCUCAAGACUGCAGUCAUGAACUCAACUUCCUAGUUAUGAUUAAGAGACCUCAUCAUUUUCCACAAGGCAAAGCAGUUAAUGUAAAACUUUCUGAUCUGGACAUUGAGUUGCAUUCUUCUGAUGAAUCUAUUUAUCUGAAAGUUAAUGGCAAAGAAAUUCAGAGAAGUGAACUACCAUACCAUAAUUCUGAUGGGGUUCACCUUAUGAGGGAAAAAGGAGGAAUAACACUGAGAGCUGCUCAUCAUGGAAUAGAUUACUUAUAUUAUGAUGGGAGAUCAUGCAAGCUUCAAGUUUCGUCAUGGAUGAGGAAAAGAACAUGUGGUAUAUGUGGCCGUAAUGAUGGAGAAACUGUGCAGGAGUUUAGAAUACCUGAUGGUUCCUUAGCAAAGAAUGCUGCUGGCUUCGCCCUUUCCUGGAUUGCACCUGAAGAGUCUUGCUCAGGAUCUUGCCCACUGCAGCAUGCAUCUGUGAAACUGGAGAAACAUAUUGAACUUCACGGAGAAGAAUCCAAGUGCUUCCCUCUUAAUUCAGUGCUGCGCUGUUUGCCUGGAUGUACUCCCAUGAGAACUAUUCCAGUUCCUGUGGGAUUCCACUGUCUAGCAUCUGAUACCACCUUGACUGGACUAGAGGAACAUCCAAAUUUGGAACAGAAAACUGAAGACAUGGAGGAUUCCUUAGAGGCCCACACAGCUUGUUCAUGCAGUGCUGUAAAGUGUACAGCCUAGGCCAAUGAGACUAAUAGAAUUUACUUCCUUUUGUUUCUAGUACAUUAGUAACUGCAUAGCACCGUAUGGCACUUAAUUCAUACCGUAGAAGUGAUAAAUACAGCAACAGGCACAAACUUGAUUUGACAUGAAGAUCAUUAAGAAUAAGCAGUGAAAUGAGACUGGAGGUACUAUGUUUGAAUCUUACAAGAUAUGAAUUUAUAGUACUGCAAUGUGUAGAUUGCCAUUCACUGCUGCCUUCCUAAUCAUGGCCUGCAUUGUAAACAGAAGAGUAUAGCAAUUGUAUCUUAUUGCACCUUGUUAGUAGGUACAACAUGCACUGAAAUGCAAUGUUUUUCUUUGUUUCUGCAGUGCCUAAUCCUCCUUCUUGUAUUUAUCUUUUGUUCCCUUUUAUUGUUUUUCUCAUUUAGCUAAUAUUCUAUGCCUUUACUUCAGUGGCCUACCAUGCAGUCAACCCUACACGUUUUAGCAGCCAGUUUUGACAUAUACUACUCUGUCUUACCUUUUUCUUGCUCCUGUAUAUCCUAUAUAUAUUUAACACCAGACAUUUCUAAAGUGCAGCCAAAUGCAUAUAUUCCACUGCAAUAAUGCUUUUCAACCAAAUCACAUCUACAUUUUGUGAAGGCAAAAUGUCAUAAUAAACAUUAUGCACUUCAUUUUAUUCUUAAUGCAGUAUCAGUAACUUGUGCAUCAUAUACAGAUUAUGACCUUGUAAGCAUUCAUGCACUGUAUGUUACUCUGUGUUUCUUUCAUUUCUUUCUUUUAUUUAUUUAUUUUUUUUGCAAAGGUAAACUAAUAUUAUGCAUGUUGUGACUGACCAUUGACUCAGAUCAAGGCUGAACAGGUUCAAGGAACAAUCUACUUAAUCAGAAUAUCAAACUUAAUAUACAUUGCAACUAGCAGAUAAUUACUCUGUAACAAAAAGAAUGUGAGAAGACUGUACUUUUCCUUCAUUCACAGUAAGCAGAUUUUACAUUUACCUUUGGUAGUUAUUGGUGUUUCACCUUUGCCUCUUGUAGCAUAUUGGUUAUUCAUUUACUGGUAUACCACAUGACUAUAUAAAAAGCUGUGUACAUUGCAACAGCAUUGGCUGGACUGUUUCUCAUUGCAACCACCUCUGCUCUUUAGUUAUUUCCAUGUAUGCCAUCCUACAAUACUCCCCCACCCCCCACAGACACACACACACACAUACCACCUUGAGUCCUAGUUGUGCAGCAUGUGGUACCACUGACAUCUCUAUGUACUUGAUAAACAGUAUUUACUUCUUUAGUUUAUUAAACUUAAUAUUCCUUUAAGGAAUGGGCUAUUGUACCUCUGCAUGCUGUCAGGGCAUAUACCUAAUGAUUUAGAGUGAUAGUAACUGUAUGUUAUGGUUUGGCAUUGAAACAUUCUGACCAGUCUGCAGUUCGAUAUGUCCAGCUUGUCAUGUCCCUUUUUGGAUUAAAGUUGCAGGUAAUGGGAGUCACAUUAUGCAAAGAAUCACAGUGAAACAGCUAGGUAACGUACACUCUUGUAUCGGUGCAUUUUACAUGUAAAGUUAUAUUUCAACAUUUGAUAAGCAUACUAUCCCAUAAACAAUCCAAAACACCUAUAUCUCUCAGAGAAAAACAACUUCCUUUUUUUUCCCUUUUGACCCAGAAACCAACAAAAUGCUACCUUCUGCAGCAAACUUGGAAUGUCUAAAUUAAACACAACAGUAAGGAGCUAAUCUUUCAAGAGAACUGCAUUCGUACUUUGAAGUUUCAGUUAUUUGCUGUAAUGUUUCAAACUGUGAAAACUUUUCCUGUUUCUACACAAAUGUUAUUAUAAAAUUUGACAUUUUACAUGUUAAUCUAACUCUAAAUGAAAGUGUUCCAUACAUAUUUUCAAUAAAUUAUUACAAACAAACCCAA